ACUCCUUGCCCAAAAGUUGUUGGUUUUAUAUCAACUUUAUACAAAAAAUAAUAUCGUCCGUAGACCAAAAUUUCUACAAAUACUGUGUUGAUAUAUCGGUAAGUUGUGAUAGUUAUAAGUGAAAAAUUCGAAUGAAUCAGUCUUUGAAAGUUACCUAUAUCAUACAGAAGGAAAAGUUCAUCUCUCUAAAAGCAACGAUAUGGGAAGAUUCUACACAGCAGUUUCUAUCUCUGGUUACACCUCUCGUACUCCACAAACGUGACAACAAAUAUUUGGCAAUAUUCGUCUACCAGAAUGGGAAACCAAAGCAAAUAGUCUCACUCCAAAUAGCAUACAAGACAGUUGACAAUAUGAUCCUUUACAGAUUAUAACUUAACAGGAAAGCUAGAGAAAGGAACUUUCCAGAGACACUUUAGAACAAUUUU